AUGGCUGUCACUUUCAGUGCAAAUGUCGGCGCACAGGACCUCGCUGAUAUACUGCCGACCGGCAUUGCGGUCCUCAAUCAUGAAGACGAGUCAAUCUUUGUGAACCGACGUUUCCGGGAAUUGAUGACUUGUCAACGCGCCGAGUCAUUUAAAUGUUGGUCGCAAUCGAUUCAUUCGGAGGACUACGACAGAGUGGCAGAUGCUUAUCUUAAAGCCUUAAAGGCUAAGCACGCCCUACGCAUCGAGUACCGAACACGCAGUCAGAGCUCUCUAUGGCGUGCGUUGAUGUUGUCCCCGCUGGAUGAAACGGAUGUGCGACGGUUUAAAUUAGGUGAUGAAGGGGGAUUCAUUUGCACUAUCGCAGAUAUCACUUUGGAAAAGACAGCGGAGCUUGUCCAGGAAAGUCUUGCGCGAGAGGCACAAGAGCGAAAGCAGCAGCAGGAACGGUUCAUUGAUAUGAUCAGCCACGAAGUCCGAAAUCCUCUUUCUGCUAUUCUUCUUUGCACAGAGGACAUACUUCAAGCAGUGAAAGACCAUGGGACUAGUGGAAUGCCCCUAGCAGAAAUUGCACAGGCAGCGGAAACCAUAAGUUUAUGCGUUUCGCACCAAAAGAGAAUAGUCGACGAUGUUCUCAUAUUCUCAAAGCUGGACGCAUCAAUGUUAUCCCUGUCCCCACGAAGAGUUCAACCAAAACGACAGCUGGCGAAGCCACUCUCUAUAUUUCGGCCUGAGCUUCGAAAGCAAGAUAUCAAGUUCGAAUACAAGAUUGACAAUUCUUAUAGCGAUUGUGGGAUUGAAUGGGUAUUGGCAGAUCUCAACCGAAUGGGCCAGGUCCUCAUCAAUCUGGUUUCUAACGCAAUCAAAUUCACCGCUACGGCUCAACAAAAGAGGGAAAUUAGAGUCUCCAUGGGUGCCUCUCAUGAGCGACCGCCAUCGUAUCCUCCAAACGUCGUGUUCUUUGAUUCUGGAGAAAAGGCGCUUCGCCUGGAUGCUACCACUAAACCGGAGUGGGGAGAUGGCCAAGUGGCGUAUGUUCUGGUGGCGGUGAAGGAUACAGGAAUCGGCAUUAGCGACGAGGCUCAAAAACAACUCUUUAAAAGAUUCAAUCAAGCAACACCAAAAACGGAGAGCAUGUACGGGGGUUCUGGUCUGGGCCUUAAUGUGAGCAGAAAGCUCUGUCACUUGCACGGUGGAGAGAUUGGCGUGAGUUCUAUGGAAGGACAAGGGAGUACCUUCGGUUUCUUUUUCAGGGUUCGGCAAGAUUCUGAGCCUCCUGGUAAUGAGUCCCCCGAGGUUGACGACUUCUGGAUAGAGAGUUUGACCAGUGGCGUCAAAGCACUGAGCAAUGAAGUUACUGGAAUUAAUGAACAGACAAGGCCUCCAGAAAUUUCAGGAAAUCCGACUAUCACUCACAUUCAAGAGAUAGCGCCCGGUGCUGCGAGCGACGAAAAGUACCUUCAUACCUCAGAAAUUGCCCGCCAGGUUGGACCUGAUGCGUCUACUGCGAAUGACGAACAAAGCCUGCGUUCUGAGAGCGAGAAAUCCCAACCAGCUAAUGACCAAAUGGCGUUCACCGUUUCUGGUUUGAGCUCUGAGACCAAUAAACAUCUGCACAUUCUUGUGGUGGAAGACAAUUCCAUCAAUCUGCGCAUCGUUUCCCGGAAGCUGCGAUCUCUGGGAUUUCAUGUAUCUGAGGCAAAGAACGGCCAAGAAGCCGUAGCUGCUGUCCGACAUGAUAAGUUCGACUGUAUACUUAUGGACCAGGAAAUGCCUGUGAUGGAUGGCAAAUCCGCGACCAUAGCAAUUCGGAAGCUUGAGCAAGAAGGUAUCGCGCGAACACCUAUCCUUGGAGUGACUGCGAAUGUCAGAGCCGAUCAGCAAGCAGAUAUGCUGAAAGCUGGUAUGGAUGAUAUAAUCCAUAAGCCAUAUCGAUCAAACGACCUGUUCGAAAAGAUAAAUCAAUUAGUGGUACUCAGGCAAAGGGAAUGA